AUGGUUGACCGGCUUGCGUUAGGUCAUCUAGCGCAGCUCUUCGAUCCCAUAACAGGGUUUCGAUACCACGAAGAGGUUGCUGCUUUAGGCAGCAUUUCGCAAGUGGGUGGACUAUUCGGGGACGAGCAGCUUUACGUUUACGAUCCUCGGGCGCUACAUUCGAUUCUUGUCAAGGACCAAGAGGCAUUUGCGGAGACAAGCAUUUUUCUCGAGCUCAACUCGGUGAUCCUUGGAAAUGGGCUGAUAGCAAGCGAAGGGGAGAACCAUAGACGGCAGCGAAAAAUGUUGAACCCGCAUUUUUCGCCCACAUACCUGCGUCGCUUGAUGCCAGUAUUCAAUGCAGUCGCCAGAGAGCUUCGAAAUUCCGUCGAGACUCUGUGUAUGGAGCAUGAAGCUGUAACAGGGUUCGAAGUCGACAUGCUCCUGCCUUUGUCUCGUGCAGCCCUGGAAUAUAUCGGGCGCGCCGGGAUCGGAUACAAAUUCAACUCGCUCGAGGAACCCGCGAGCAAUCCGUACGCUGCGGCGAUAAAGAACAUUCUGCCAGCGGUGUCGCCGUUCAUUCCUUGGCUCGCGUUCUUCCCCACGUUUCGCCGUCUGACACCGCCAGCGCUGCAGAACUUCCUCGCCAACAUGUUGCCGAUGAAGUCGCUGCACAGGUUAAGGCGCAUCACCCGCAUGAUGGAAGUCACAAGCAAAGAAAUAUAUUCGCAGAAGCGAAAAUGUCUCGCACCUGAUGAAAGCGCCCACGCUGACAUUCUGAGUACAAUAUUAGAACACAAUGCCAAACUUGACACCGACGAACGAAUGCCGGAGGACGCUGUUGUGGCCCAGAUAAACACCUUCCUUUUUGCUGCAACCGAUACGACAAGUAACGCCUCGGCGCGAUUACUGCAUGUGCUUGCCCUGCACCCCUCGACACAGUCAGAACUGCGACAGGAGGUAUCGAAUCUGCUGAAGCGAGGGGAGAUCUCAUACGAUGAUAUCAUGUCGCUCCCGCUCUUGGAUGCCGUGGUGAAGGAGACUUUGCGCCUUUACCCGCCUGUUUUCUUCUUCCAGCGUACAGCACAACAGGAUACGAUUCUGCCGCUUCUGUUCCCCGUCAGAGGUACCGACGGAAGUGCGAUCGAGGAAGUGCCCGUGAGGCGAAACCAGAAUAUCAUCUUGGCCAUCGCAGCGGUGAACAAGGACAAACGGAUCUGGGGACCGGAUGCAGAUGAGUGGAAGCCAGAUCGAUUCUUGCGACCUCUUCCGGACACUGUCGCGAAUGCCAAGAUACCAGGAGUGUAUGCCAACCUAAUGACGUUCAUGGGUGGACCUCGCUCUUGCAUAGGGUUCAAGUUUGCAGAACUCGAGAUGAAGAUAACAGCAGCGUACCUGCUGGAGAGCUUCGUGUUCAUGCCUGCGAAGGAAGACGUGAUCUGGAAGCUUGGGUCGGUGCAAACGCCGCAUAGUAGCUUCGACGGUACGGGAGGGCCGAGACUGCCGAUGAGGGUCCAACUGGUGCAGACAGUGAGCGGCGUCGCGAGUCAUCCGUCUAUGUACGCCCUGACGUGCCGACAAUCGGGCUCAACAGACCUGGAACGAGUCGGAAGGGCGUACGCGUACGACGCAGGUUUUAGCAUGAUCCUGAUGUUUGCCAGCUCGUCCCCCGCUUCGCCGACCCCGGAAAGACGUUCCGUGUUGAUGUCGCUGAAGGCGUGCCUCGGAAUGGAGCUGGGUUUCGGCACUGCAUAGUACGUCGACGAGUCGCAUCGAAUGAGUAUGGAUUCCGUAUGUAAGUCGCAGUCUGGAGUCAGGGCGCGCGACGACCUCCGCGAAGGUUUGGGUGACAGUGAGCAACAGGCACGAGGGGCCUUCGCUGUUGAGCGCGUCGUGCAAGCCAAGUUUGCGAAGGCCGUUCCCCACGGGGCCGCCGUAGGUCCGUGGGCGCUGUGCAGAACGGCGAACGCUGGCUGCGACGUCCGGCAGCGAUAUGCACGUGCACGCUCUUGACGUCCGAUGGCGCUGAAACCGGAGCUUGCAUCCUCAGCGGCAGGCGCGCACGGAUCUCGGACCAUUGGCACGGAACGCAGCUCAGCGUUAUGCAUUAUGGCCGAUGCGGGGUGAAAUAACAAGCAU